CUGAACUCUGAACCCAUGAUGGCCUCCCGUUGCUCGAGACUUCUUCUCCGGUCUGUGUGGAAACAGCAGCUCUCGCUGAGCCAAGCAGGUCUAGAUAUAACGAACACACACCUGGGCUCUUUCGUCAGACACCGCCGUCCUGUUGCAAGCCUUCAUCUCGCACCCCCACGCGCGCAUUCGAGAUCACUCCAUUCCUCGUCACUCCAGUCCAAGGAUGAGGUUUCGGAGGAAGGAAACACUUUCUACGAGAAAUACAGCGACAAACUGGGCAAAAUUAAAGGGCUAAAGAGAAGGCAGACGGAAGCCAAGAUCAAGGCAGCUCGUCUGCAGGAGAAGAGCCGUGUGACGGCCUUUGUACCUCCCUCCCGUCCCUCGUCUAACUCACAGUACUCUCUCCUACAACCUCCCAGUUUGGAUUCUGUCAUGUAUACUGAGAAGAUAGCAGAGAUGAGCAAAGAAGACAUUGGCACGAUAUGGAAGGAGCAUCACAAAGACAAAGAUUCCAUCUGUGCCAUCAUUCCUGUCAGCCGAGAAGUACAAGGAGCUCCUGACUAAGGCUAUCCAUUUCCCUUACGUAAGACAAUCAGUAUUAUGAUAUUUUUUGUGAUGCUCUGUCUGUCUGCCUCAAGUUUGUCUAUCCGUUGUCUCGAGACGAGGGCUACGAGUUCAUUUUUGGCCAGUUUUCUGGCCAUCGAUGUCACUUCACUAGUCUCAUUAACUACCAGCAGUAUCAAGAGAACGCUCCUGUAGCUCUGACACUCACACACUAUACUGACCUACAGGAGUCUAAGGGUAUAGUGCUAAUGUCAGGAGAAGUUGAUACAGCUCAUCUGACGUCAUUUGAGGCGCAGUACCUGGCCAACCAGGUCCAGCUGUACUACAAUUCCCAGGACGCCGAACGCUGCACUCUACUGCGACAGUUUAACCACGAUCCAGAGAAAUUUGACUACCGCCUGCUCCUGGAGCAACUGGCCAACAGCAGUGUAGCUAGAGCCCAGCAGACUACGUCUCAGAGUGCUCUUACAACAUCGAGAAUUGGUGUGUGAUUGAUUAUAACAAGAACUGUGACAGGUCUCAAUUGGCGAGAAAGUAGAGCCUACUUAUAUAGUCAUCUCAAUGCACGGUUUUUCAAUGAACUUUACACACUCACAUAACGAGAAAGAAUUAAUUUAGCUAUCUACAAAACCAGGUCUACAAUAUGGUAGCAAAAAGUCUACUAGAGUGAGGCAGGCCAGCUUUACUCGUGAGAAGAGGCAAUUUGCUGUGCCAAUUGUAGGAGUAAAGUGAUGAUGUGUGGGGCUAUAGCUGGGAAGGUGGAAUAUCAGAAGGACAGGACGUGAGAAGCUUGGGUUUGUGGUUGUUGAAGUGUGGGAUGGAGCUAUACUAUAUAGCUGGGUUGGGAUGGAGCUAUAUAUUAUAUAGCUGAGUGGGGUGGAGCUAGCUGGGUUGGGAUGGAGCUAGCUGGUGCUAGAUGAAAUGAAGAGAAGGAGGUGGGAGGAAGGGGGAGAGGUAGAAAGGAAAAAGAGGAAGGCAGGGGAAGGGAUUAAGGCAAGUAAGAAGAGAGUGUGCAUUAAUAAUAGUGUGCAUGAAGUAUAUAUAUACUCACUGGUUGAAGUUAAUCCCAAAUACUGACACAAGCCAUGCACCAGAAGCCUAUAGAACGUGUCAUGAUGAAUGGCAACCACCAAGGUGCAGUGGUCUGUCAUGAAAUACUCUGUUAGCUCUGCCUCAACCGCUCGCAGAAACUCCUGCAAUUACGACAUCAUUUCCGAUAGAAAUGACAUCACUCCCGGCUCACGUGUGGAAGGUGCUUGUUGUGCUUGAGCAUGACUCGUAUGUGUCGGUCAAUGAUACUGUAGCGAUCUUCAACACUGCCCCCUUUCCUACUGACCCCCUU